GGCAAACAAAAAAAAAAUGAAAAAGGGUGAAGAAGAAGGAACAGACGAUUUUUAGGGAUUUUUUUUGUUUUUUUUGGCGGCUGUAGAGCUCUCUCCCUCGUCGCUGCUCCGACCAUUUUUUCCAUUUCCUCUGCUUCUGUCUGGUCUCAUUGUCUCCUUCAUCUCCACAUCGGUCCUAAAGUAAUCUCGAGAUGUCUGAUAAGUUGAUACGUCCGAUAAGGCUGAAACGUUCGACAAUGGACGUUUCUUCGUCCACGUCAGCAUUGGUUAGAGUUAAGUUAGAGAAGAAAGAAGAAGAUAACGGGAAAGGUUUGGUUAAAGUUAAGUUAGAGAAGGAAGAAGAAGAAAAAGAAAAAGAAUCUAAUAAAGGUUUUCUCUUGACUUAUACUACAAGGAGGAGAACUUUGAAAAGAAAACGUCUCUCUGAGUUAGGGCAAAAGUCUAGAAGAUUUGUAGUUAAGAGUGAAGAGAAACAGAGUAGUAGCCAGAGAGAGUUGAAGACUCGUUGGAGCUCUGAAAGGAUUGAUUUUGCGGAGAAAGUGAUUGUGGAUGUGUUGAAGAAGAAAGGAGCUUGUUUUGAUGCGCCUGUUACACGUGCCGAGUUAAAAGCUACGGCACGUGGGGAGAUUGGUGAUACUGGGCUGUUGGAUCAUUUGUUGAAGCAUAUGGAUGGGAAUGUGACGCCUGGUGGUGCUGAUCGGUUUAGGAGGUGUCAUGAUACUGAAGGGACGAUGCAGUAUUGGCUUGAGAGUGCUGAUUUGGUUAAGAUUAAACGUGAAUCUGGGGUUUCUGAUCCUAGUUAUGUUCCACCUUCUUGGUGGAAGCUUCAGAGUGGUAGUAAUAUUAUUAAAAUUGAGUCUGGGGUUGAUGAUGAACGGUCUUCUUUGGAGCUUAAGGAAGAGAUGGAUAGGAUGAAGAGUGAGAUUAAAGAACUUGUGUCUGAAUUGGCUUUGAUUAAACGUGAAUGUGGGAUUACUGAUCCGGAUUUGAUUCCCCUUGCUCAAUGGAAGAUUCAGAGUUCAUCACAUUCACAUGAAUCAUCUGUUGUCUCCUCAAAGCUUAGGGAAGAGAUUGAUCAACUCAAGAGUGAUAUCAAAAAACUUGUAUCCAAGCCGAAGUUACCAGAUCAGGCUGAUGCAAACGAGAAACUAGUUAAGGAGUUUGUGAGUUGGAGGGUAAAGACUGAUAAGCAAAUUGCAGAGAUCUCAAAGUCGUUGACAUCAACACAGGGCAUGGUUAAGGAACUAGUUUCGUGGAAAGAUAAAGUAGAACAGAAGCUGGUGGGAAUUUCAAACAAUGUGCAUGCGAACGGGACCAAUUCCUUCAAUCAAGCUCCUCAAAGCUGGGAACAUAUAUUGCAUAAUGCUAACUUGGAUGACUUUACUGUGAAUGGUUUCGAACCAUGGGAUGUUGAUGCUGACCUUAUCGAUGUUCUGCCAGAGGCUGUUAGGCCUGAUACCUACUCGUUUCCACCAAAUGCUCGCAAAAGCUCUUUCCAGGAACAUAUGUGGUUUGAGGAACAGUCAGUGCUCAAUUCCGAGAUGCAAAGGACAGAGAGCUGCAUGACAAGAGCUGAUUCUAGAAGCUCCAAUCAGGACAAAGCUGAGAUGCCUCCAGGUCCAUUACCAGAUAUUGACGACCCAAAUAUUGUUUCUCAGGAAACAUUGAAAGAGUUGGUGAAUUGGAAAGCCAAAGCAGAGCAGCAGCUAAUGGAAAUGUCAGACGCUGUCCGUGCUCUGCAGAGAUAG